AUGAAUAGAUAUACAACGAUCAAGCAGCUUGGGGAUGGGACCUAUGGUUCUGUCCUGCUGGGAAGAAGCAUUGAGUCUGGAGAACUGAUUGCCAUUAAAAAAAUGAAAAGAAAGUUUUACUCCUGGGAAGAAUGCAUGAACCUUCGAGAGGUUAAGUCUUUGAAGAAGCUCAAUCAUGCCAACAUAGUAAAGUUAAAAGAGGUUAUCAGGGAAAACGACCAUCUCUAUUUUAUCUUCGAGUACAUGAAGGAAAACCUUUACCAGCUCAUUAAAGAAAGAAAUAAGUUGUUUCCAGAGUCUUCUAUAAGGAAUAUAAUGUAUCAGAUACUGCAGGGACUGGCAUUCAUUCACAAGCACGGCUUCUUCCACCGGGACUUAAAACCAGAGAACCUUCUCUGCAUGGGACCGGAACUUGUGAAAAUUGCAGACUUUGGAUUGGCCCGAGAAAUCCGAUCAAGACCUCCAUAUACAGACUAUGUGUCUACUAGAUGGUACAGGGCUCCAGAAGUACUCCUGAGAUCUACCAACUACAGCUCCCCCAUUGACAUCUGGGCAGUGGGCUGCAUCAUGGCAGAGGUGUAUACCCUCCGGCCUCUUUUCCCUGGGGCCAGUGAAAUUGACACGAUUUUCAAAAUUUGCCAAGUGUUGGGAACACCAAAGAAGACUGACUGGCCCGAAGGCUACCAGCUGUCGAGCGCUAUGAACUUCCUCUGGCCCCAGUGCAUACCCAAUAACUUAAAGACUCUAAUUCCAAAUGCUAGCAGUGAGGCAGUUCAGCUCCUGAGGGACAUGCUUCAGUGGGAUCCCAAGAAACGACCAACCGCUAGUCAGGCACUUCGCUAUCCUUACUUCCAGAUUGGACACCCACUGGGCAUCAUCACACAGGAUUCAGGAAAACCACAGAAAGAUGUCCAAGACAAGACAGGCCCCACUCCUUACAUCAAGCCAGCCCCCCCUGCCCAGCCUCCAACCAAGGCACACACACUGAUUUCUUCACGACCAAACCAAGCCGGUCAGCCCCCUCAGCAUUUUGUGCACCCUUACAAAGGCGAAGCCCCCAGGGCAGACCAUCUCCAAGAGGGCAAGCCAAGCCCACCGUUCUUCCCGUCCCUCCACAAUAAGAAUCUUCAGCCAAAAAUCCCAGCAGGCCUGGAACACAAAAAUGGUGAAAUGAAGCCAAAGAGCAGGAGAAGGUGGGGUCUUAUUUCCAGGUCAACAAAGGGCUCUGAUGAUUGGGCCGAUUUGGAUGACUUAGAUUUUAGUCCCUCUCUCACCAGGAUAGAUGUGAAAAACAAGAGGAGACAGAGCGAUGACACCCUCUGCAGGUUUGAAAGUGUUUUGGACCUGAAGCCAUCUGAGCCGGUGGGCACAGGAACCAGUGUCUCCACCCAGGCUUCCUCCCAGAGGAGAGACACGCCAACCCUGCGAUCGGCAGCAAAGCAGCACUACCUGAAGCAUUCUCGCUACUUGCCUGGAAUAAAUGUAAGGAAUGGCGUGCUCCCAAAUCCAGGCAAGGACUUUCUUCCAUCAAAUUCGUGGUCCAGUUCUGGUCUGUCUGGAAAGUCUUCAGGAACAGUGUCAGUAGUGAGCAAAAUAACCCCAGUUGGCUCGGGUUCUACAAGUUCUAGUGGACUGACCGGAAGUUAUAUCCCUUCUUUCCUGAAGAAAGAAAUCGGUUCUGUUAUGCAGAGGGUCCACCUGGCGCCUCUUGCAGACCCUUCCCCUGGCUACUCUUCCCUGAAGGCCGUGAGACCUCACCCCGGGCGUCCUUUCUUCCACACCCAGCCUAGGAGCACCCCCGGAUUGGUCCCGAGACCUCCAGCCGCCCAGCCUGUGCAUGGCAGGAUAGACUGGUCUUCCAAGUACCCGUCUCGUCGGUGACUGUCCCAGCCAGGAGGCCAUUCUCCCGCAGCCGACUCGCAGCUGACUCUGCUGUACUUGCGGGACCACGUGACGCUAUAAAUGCACCCACUCAGCUGUUCUGAACUAACGCAUUUCAAUAUUUCUUUUUAAUUUUUUUAAAAUGUUGAUUUGAACGCAAUACCGUCUUUUUGUAUAAAAUUAUUUUGUUCUAAAACUGGGUCUCAUUAUUUUCUUAAACAACAGCGUUUUGUAUAUAUGGAUUAUGUUUUAGCAUUUUAUACAGUCAACUUUGUAAUGAACUUUUUAAAGAUUAUGUGUCUUUUGUUUGUUGUCCCACAUAAUAUUUUAUACAGAUUUUGAAAUAUGUAAUAAUAUUGGGGCAGUAUUGUGACAGGGCGCAUUUUAAGGCAGUGGGAUAAGGGAUCACUCACUCAAUAUAUGCGGUUCUCAUGACAUAGCUACAUUUAAGUGUGGUGCGUUCGGUACGUUAGGCUUUCCUGGACUGAUCUUAGAAAGAGGCCCGCCCACUGCUUUUUUUAACAGCUUAUAUGGGUGGUUCUGGGGGCAGAAGUUCUUUUGUUGAUGUUGUUUUGAGACACGGUCUUAUGCAUCCCCGACUUGCCUACCACUCACUAUGUAGCUGAGGAUAGCUUUGAACUUCUGAUCUUCCUGUCUCUGCUUUCCUGAGUGCUGGGAUUGCAGGUGUGUGUUGCUGCGCUUGACUUUAACCCAGGGCUUUGUACAUCCUAAUGGCCCUAAUUUUAUCCUCUUUACGACUGUUCUGUCCUAAACUGUCACUUUAUUUUGACUCUUUUCACUUUAUUUUAGCCCUCAGAACAAAGAAGUCUUCAUAAGUAGCUUUUGAAAUUUUAUAACACUCAUAAAUACAGUUGCAAAUAUCCAGAUAAAACUAAGCAUAGGUAUACUAAACUAUUGCAGUUCUACCUUUUUUCCUUUUUGACGGACAGGGUUGCUCAUUAUUAGUUGCAAUUCCUGCUGGCCUCCAACUUCAGCAGUGCUCGCCUGUGGGUGGAAUGAAGGGCUGAGCAGUGACAGACAGCUCUCUGCUGGGCACUGAGGAACAUGGCAGGAGCUGUGGUCACCUGCUGUUCAGAUGAGCUUUUCUUGUUUCCCUGGGUCCUACCAGCCAGGACCUACCUACCUACCUACCUACCCACCCACCCACAGGACUGCCAGCAAGCCUUCCUCAGCUGGCCAUCCCCAACUUAGCCACAGCAGACUAAAGAUGCAGAAAACAGCACUUAGCUAAAAAUCAGCUGAGCCACGGAGGCAGGCAGGGUAGGAAGGUUUGGCCUAUUGCCUCUGCCCCUUCCCACUCCCACCCCCCAUAGCCAGAGAGGAGGCUCCCUCCCACCAAUACUGUCCAUACUUUUUUCUAUUUUUUUUUUUUUUUUUAAAAAUCCAGGCUGGAGAGCUGACUCGGCCAUUCUAGUUCCAAGGUAUCCGAUGCCCUCUUCUGACCUCUGUGGGCACCUGCAUUUGUGCGUAGAUACCCACCGACUGACACAAACACGUACGUGUAAAGAUUUUUAUGAAAAUCCCUUAAAAGGGAAGCUUUUUAUCUCAAAAGUACUUUUUUUACUAUAAUUUUUCUUUUUACUAUAAUUUUUCAUUGUUUUAAUGUGAAGUUUUCUUAACCUGUGUUCAUACUAUCAGACUUACAUCCCUGCCAAAAUGAAUGACCGGAAGAGCCAACUUUCUUUUCUGUGUAGACCUGUCUGUCCUGGAACUCACUCGGUAGACUAGGCUGGCCUUGAACUCGGAGAUCUAUGUGCCUCUGCCUUCUGAGUGCCGGGAUUAAAGGCACACCACCACACCUGCUGACUUUUUUUUUUUUUUCUCAACUGAGUGAAUGUUGCAUUCGGCUCAGCUCUCCACACCUGACUAGGAGCCGCUCGCAAACUACCCGAGCCAACUUCUCGGGACAGUUUUAGGAGCGGGAAAGAUUUAGGGGAAGAUUUAAACUUACCCGAGAAAUCCCAGUUGCCAGGAUGUCAUGUCCAGACCGUGCCACAUCUCAACCCCCACCCCGCCUCGUGUGGUGUCUUUCGAGGUUGAGACCUCUGUUGGGCGGAGGCUGUUUUAUUGAGAGGAAUGUUUACAGCAAUUUUGCAAGUGACAAAGCUGGUGUGGAGACAGGAAGAUGCAGAGGGCCCGCUUGGCUCCGACUCUGUUGCACAUCUGCCUCCCAUCGUGGUCAGGCGAAAGGAAGGGCGACCAGCAUGAGUGCAAUAGUCAACCUCAGCGCUGUAUUGACUCACGUUCAAAAUACAGUAAAGCAAACCAUAGAAAUGUUCGUUUUUGUAGGUUGAAAUGGUAGGGUGAGGUGAAUGCAAAUAUUCCUGUAUGGUCCAUCCUGUUAAGCUGAUAAAUGAUUGAUUGCUUUGAUGCAUUUAUUAAUACUGACUUCCAAAGGGCUCUGUCUGCUCUAAAAUCAGAAAGUAAUUCAUGCUUUGGAGAAUCUGACUCAAAAAAUACACUUGACUGAGCACUUUGAUUUUGAGGGGCACGAAGAAAGCACAUAAUGGACAAAGGUUUGCUAGGGGAUGUUCCCUGUUAACAAGCUGGCAGCAGAACUUUAGAAAAUGUAUAUGCAAGCACAACUUGAAACCUUUUGUUUCUGUAUUAUAUUCUAAACCAACAAAUUUGUAUGUUCAGAAA